GGAAGAGUGUGUGAGCCAAUGACAUAGUGAUAAGAUUUGGAAGACCAGCUGGGGAGCUCCGCUGAGGAACUGCAAGGUGUGUGCGCAAGAAGCUUGGACGAUGUUGCCAUCUUCGAAGCACUUCAAAGUGCGACAAGUCUUCACCUUCAUCACGGGCAUGUUGGAGUGUCUGUUCUUCGCAGGAAUUAUAUUCGGCUGGGCCUCACUUGUGUUCCUCCUGAAGUCGCGAGGUUUCUUUGGCUCCUUUUGUGUCAACACCACAAACAGUGAUGGAGCACGGGUCCAAGAUUGCAGGGGCCAGGAUGAACAGUUCUCGCUUGUCUUCACCAUUGCAUCCUUCAUGAAUAAUUUCCUGACAUUUCUAAAUGGUGUCAUCUUUGAUCGUUUUGGCACUUUGGUGGCUCGGCUCUAUGGAUUAGCUCUUCACACCUUGGGUAUCUUGAUGUUGACCUUUGCAACUCCAGCUCUGUCCAUGGUGCUUUAUCCAGCACUCUCGUUCAUAGCUGUUGGUGGCAUGAUGCUGCUCCUGAGCAACAUGCAGGUGGCAAAUCUGUUUGGCGCUCAUCGUUCGACCAUCAUCACCAUCUACAACGGGGCCUUCGACUCUUCCUCGGGUGUCUUUGUCCUCGUUAAAUUGGCAUACGAGUCUGGCAUCCCUCUCAAGGCCAGUUUCCUGUUCUUGGCCACCGGCAGCAUCUAUCACAUACUCAGGACGAUCUUCCUGUUUCCCAGAACCUCAAUCCCGUACCCGCCGCCUGACCACUACAAGUAUGGGAUAUCCUGCAGAAGAUUAAGGAAGUCCAAUAAAACUGUACAGAGCGACUUUCAGAUGCCAGUGGAGGAGAAGCCACAUGACGUGGAAGAGCCUGAAAGACCUGAGAAAACCUUCCGUGAAUGUGUUCUGUCCAAAUUCUUCUUCUUUGUCGUCCUCUGGUUGUCCGUGAUCCAACUGAGACAUUAUCUGUUCAUCGGCACCCUCAACCCCAUGCUGGAGCGUCUGGCUGAUGGCGAUGCAUCAGUUGUGAGCCAGUACAUCAACGCCUUUGCAUUCACUCAGAUGUGUGGGUUGCUGGUGGCUCCCAUGAACGGCUUCAUUCUCGACCGACACAAGCGAAAACCUCCGGUGGCAGGUAUAACGCGUGCAAAAAUCACCAAAAUGGGAGCCCGUUGGCCUCUGUUCCGAGGUGCGCAGUUACUGCUGUCGUUGACCUCCUGGAACUUUAGGAAUUGAAUUAUUGUUUAUUUUACUUUAGGUGUUCAUUUUUUAACUUGAGUUAUAUUGUAGGUUGUCCUGCCAAGUUGCGAGUAAGUGACUGUUUUACGUC